AUGGCGAUGGAUGUAGAGAACCGAGCGCCGCUAGGGUUUCCUUACUGGAAUCCCGUUCGCCGGCGAUUUGCUCCCGAUGCUCCCUUCUUUGAUUCUGGCAAUAUUGAAAGAGAAUUAUUAGCGAAGCAGGUCGCAUUAGACAUAACCGAGGAUGACAAGCAGCAGCUUCAAAUUAUGGAUGAUGGGGAAAACAGGGAAGUGUUUUGUCCAAUUGUUGGUUGUGGUGCUCGUUUGAAUUCUUUGGAUGGAUUUGAAGAUCAUUACAAUGCACGGCAUAUGGCAUCUUGCUCAGUUUGCUCAAGAGUGUAUCCUACAUCACGUUUGCUCAGCAUUCAUGUUGCUGAAUCACAUGAUUCAUUCUUUCAAGCAAAAGUGGCUCGUGGCUUUGCUAUGGCCCGGCCAUCAAAGAAGCAAAGGCAGAAGCACCAGCGGAAACUACCAGUUCACAAAGGCGAAGAGGCUUCAAAUGCAAUGCAAGUAGAGGAAGAAACCAUCGAUGACCUUGUUUCAGCAGUCUCAAAGUUGAGAACAUCAGACACCACACCAUCGGCCAUCAGCUUUGGUCACCGCCACACACGUGGUUUUCAUUUGUUCCUCGAGCUGUGCAACGUCAAAAGGCCAGACUCUUCAUCUGCAGCGAAAGAGAAAUAG